UUCGCGUUAGGCUAAUGAGAAUCACAUAACCUCACAAAAUACUAUAUAAAUAUUUAAUAACACUGAAAGUAAAUCUGUGUUCAACAUGAAUACAUCAAUUAUAAAGAUGUUCCAAUCUAAGCUAAGUUUGGGUUCUCUAGCACAUCGGUCAAUAUUGGACUCACAGUUACACACCUCUGCUGCCCUAUGUCGUGUGGUUUCGGGCAAAUACAGGAUAACUAAGAAACGGGACAGACCUUUGACCUAUGAAAUGGCCAACCCUCCACAUUAUAUUGCUCACCGAAAGUCUUGGAACUCGUGGAACACCUCUAGCCUUAAGGAUGGCCUACGAAAAUCUGAGACAGCAGUGGAAGAUGAGUUCAUCCGCAGGUUCAUGACUGGUACCUGGCAUGGCCUUGUGUGCAGUGAGGUCAUUAUAAAACGUCAGUUCAACCAUAUCAGAGUAGCAGCGAUCAUACGCCGUGCAGUGUCACCCACUAAGAUGUAUUUCUUGUUGGGCUACACCGAGGAACUGCUCUCCAAUUGGCUCCAGUGCCCUGUGACUUUGGAGCUUCAGACUGUGGACAGUUUCAAGGAUGUAGUGUUUAAAUAUAUUUAAAUCAGUAGUAAUAAUGUAGUCAAUGUAAAUAUAGGUGUUUAGUUAUAAA